AUGACGUCCAAACACUAUUUUUUACGUCACGUGGCAUGCCACAGUAAUCCUAACGUAACAUCAGUCGUUUGUGAAGUGUGCGGUAAAACUGUGACAUCAAAAUCAAGCUUAAGAGAUCACAUGAUGAUUCACACGGGCGAAAAACCAUUUGAGUGUAAAGUAUGUGGGAAAAUGUUUAAUAAAGCCCGCUUAUUAAAAAUUCACAUAAGAAUUCAUACCAAGGAAAAGCCACACGUUUGUGAUAUCUGCGGCAAAGCAUUUUCUCAAAGAUCAACUUAUAGGUAUUCAUCAUCUAUAGAGGGUCAAACAUGCAAAGAAGAAAUGGAAUGUAUUGGAACAAUAAGUUGUAUUAAAUGUAAAAGUACAUUUGAUACAAAAUCAUCAUUUUCGAAACAUUUUCGGAAGUGUACAGGAUCAAGAUUGAUACCUUGCGAGAUAUGUCAAAAGAAGUUUAAAAGUAAUACAGAAAAAAUGUACCACGUAAACAGAGCGCACGAUCCAUCUAGGACUACUUUUGCGUGUACGAUUUGCGAUAAAACAUUUGUGACUCAAAUAGGAUUUAAACAUCACGUGUGUAUCCUACAUGUAACCCAAUUCAAGUAUGGCUGCACAGAGUGCGAUAGAAAAUAUAAUCUUAAGAGUAGCUUGGAUCAUCAUGUAUCAGUUGAGCAUAAAGGUAUUAGGUAUCAAUGUAAGGAAUGCGGAAAAUCGUUUACAGAUAAAAACUAUUUGAAGAAACAUGCUGUUACACAUAAAGAAGAUUAUGUUCCGAACAUUUUUAAAUGUACAGUGUGUGACAAAAGUAUGACGUCCAAACACUAUUUUUUACGUCACGUGGCAUCCCACAGUAAUCCUAACGGAACAUCAGUCGCUUGUGAAGUGUGUGGUAAAACUGUGGCAACAAAAUCAAGCUUAAGAGAUCACAUGAUGAUUCACACGGGCGAAAAACCAUUUAAGUGUAAAGUAUGUGGGAAAAUGUUUAAUAAAACCCGCUUAUUAAAAAUUCAUAUAAGAAUUCAUACCAAGGAAAAACCAUACGUUUGUGAUAUCUGCGGCAAAGCAUUUUCUCAUAGACCAGCAUUAAGUACUCAUAAUCGAGUACAUACUGGUGAAAGACGUUUUGUUUGCGUAAUAUGUAAUAAACGAUUUACCACGAAAUCAAUAUUAAAAGCUCAUUCGAACCGGUCUCAUGGUGAACCGUUGAGUUCUACAAAAUUAUAA